AUGGGUGUUACUGACCAAAGAACCGAAGAUAUCGAGCUUUCGACGGUCGCUGGGCGUGCGGACGACAAUCAUUCUCUGGACCUCGAGGAUUCGAACGUUUUCGGUAGAGCCGAGGAUGGUGAAGUCUUCUCUCUGCCUCCGGCUGAUGGAGGAAAAGAUGCAUGGCUGUUCCUUGCUAGCUGUGUAGUAUUCGAGGCCAUAUCUUGGGGUUUUCCCUUCAGCUUCGGUGUCUUCCAGUCCUACUACGAGCAAAAAUUCACAAACAACGAAUCCAGUAUCGCCGCAAUCGGUACCACAGCAACAGGUCUGAUGUACGUAUCAGCUCCCUUCUGGUUCAUCGUCUUGAAGAUGAACCCACGCUUCCGUAGACCUAGUGUCUUUGUCGGAUUUGUCGUAAUGAUAGCAUCAUUAGUUGGUGCUUCGUUCGCAAAAUCCGUUAGCCAGCUUAUUGCAACCCAAGGAGUGUUGUACGCUAUUGGUGCAUCUAUGCACUACUACCCUUUAUUCAUCUAUCUGGAUGAGUGGUUUGUGCUAAGGCGUAACUUCGCUUUUGGGUGUAUAUGUGCGGCUUGUGGCGCUGGAGGUGUCAUUAUCCCAUUUGCGCUGGAUUGGGUGUUACGGACUUAUGGCUUCCGUACUGCCUUAAGGACAUGGGCUGUUGUUGCCGUAGUGCUCACCACACCAGCAAUCUACUUCAUGAAACCACGACUACCUGUACGGCACCACACCAACGUCGGGCCCCAGAGAGUCGAGAUCGGCUACCUCAAAAGCAGAACCUUCUGGAUCUUGCAAAGUGCCAGUAUUAUACAAGGACUGGGUUUCUUCUUGCCGAGUGUGUACUUGUCGUCUUUUGCACAAGCAGUCGGCUUUACAGCUGUAGACGGUACAUUGGCAAUUGCUCUUAUCAACGGCGCGCAAAUCGUCGGAGCCAUGUUCAUCGGCUACCUUGGCGAUCGCUGCCACGUCACAACUGGAAUCUUGGUCUGCAGCAUCGGUAGCGUGGUUGCGGUCUUUUUGUUCUGGACUUUCGCAACCAUUAAACCAAUGUUAUUCGUCUUUGCCCUGCUGUAUGGUGUCUACGCAGGAGGCUACUCAACCACAUGGUCCGGUGUCGCAAAAACAGUGCGUGAGAACGGAUAUCCUGGUGCUGAGACUGGUAUGAUCAUCUCUUUGUUCAGCUGCGGCAAGGGCAUUGGCGCAGUGGUCUCGGGACCUAUGAGUGAGGCCAUUCUUGCAGCGGACAGUUUCCGUACUAAUGCGCCGUAUGCAUUUGGGACUGGUUAUGGUUCGCUGCUUGUUAUGACGGGAGUGACUGCUUUCGUUGGUGGGUCUGCAUGGUAUGCGAAGCAGUUCAAAUUGAUUCACUAG